AUGGCGCCCCAACUCUUUCCCUCAAACCCGGACGAUGUUAUGGUCAUCCGAAAUGUCACCUCGAAUGUCAUAACCAUGAGUUUACCCUUUGCGCGAUUUGGACGCUUCAAAUUCGGUGGACGAGGAACACUUGUUCGGAUGUCCUCCGGCUCCAUCGCUGUCUUCUCUCCAGUCAACCUUACACCAGCAGUCCGAGAAACGAUAUCCGGUCUUGGCGGACGCGUCAAGUACAUCGCAGCCCUUGACCUCGAACACCACAUCCACCUAUCGACAUGGAAAAACGCCUUCCCGGAAGCAGAGAUCAUCGCCCCCGAAGGCCUCUGGGAGAAGCGGCAAUCCGUGCCUGAGUACAAGGAUACACCAAUCACGCAUAUCCUGCGCCAAUCCAACUACAACGGAGAACAAGGAUGGCCUAUAUCUGAUGAAUUCAACAGGGAGUUUGAGAUCGAGUAUGUAUACGGCCAUGGUUCCAAGGAAGUUGUGUUCUUGCAUAAGCCCUCGUGCACGCUCAUCGAGGCGGACUUGAUGUUCAACUUGCCGGCGCGCGAGCAGUACUCGAAGACUGGGGAGAGUGCUACCUCUGGGAUUCUGACGAAGAUUGUGAAGCCACUAUUGUCGACUGCGCAGCCGGCGACAUGGCAGAAGAGGUUUGCGUGGUAUGUGCUCGCAAAGGAUAGAAAUGCGUUCGCGGAGAGUAUCAAGAGGAUCGAUAAGUGGGAGUUCAAUCGGUUGAUUCCCUGCCAUGGCGAUGUCAUAGAGAGUGGUGCGAAGGGCGUGUUCCGGACGGUAUUCGAGUGGUUUCUGUGA